AUGGACUCGAAAAAGGACAAAAAAGCAGUUGGCGGUGUUUUUAAGAGUAUGCUGGGUAAAAAGAAGAAGGAUAGCGAAAUCCGAGAGCCGCCUCCAAAGGCACCCUCCCAGGACCUCGAUCUAUCACACCUCCCAGACAAUGAAAUUGAGGCCCUCUUCGAGAAUCUCAUGGAAGACAUGAAUUUGUCGGCUGAAAAGCGUGCACCCCUACUUGAAAAACCUGUGGAGUACAAAAGAAACAUGCUGAAGACUUCAAAGUAUGGGGCCACUCAAGCAGCAACUAGUCCUGCCCGAUACUGCAAAGACCUCAGCAGUCCACAACAGCUUAGUGAAAAGGAACUGGCAAGUACAUUGACCUCUCUUAAGAUAGCUCUUUUGAACAAUCGCGUUAGUUGGGUUAAAGAGUUCAACAAUAAGGAAAAUGAUGGACUUAAUCUUCUACUUCGAUUCCUCGGUUUGUCGCUGAGUGAAAACAACACCGACAGCACCCUGCUCAGCCUGCGUUGCAUUCGAGCCCUGGGAAAUUGUGGCUACGGCUUGUUCGCUUUGGUUGACCACGAUACGGCUUCCACUUUCAUUGCACGCUGCCUGGAUGUGCACCAGCCGUGUCUAAUGGAGUGCGCUCUGGAACUGCUUUCCACUAUGGCAAUGUGUAGUUUGAAGGGACACCAGAAGGUGAUGGAGGGUCUCACCUUUAGUGCCGAGUUGACACCCAAUCAGCCUCAACGUUUUGCGCCUCUCAUUGAUGGCCUGUCUGUCAGUGAACUCGCCUGUGCUUGUCUGCAACUCAUUAAUGUCGUCGUUUCUGCCCAAUUCCUCACCGACGAGACCAUUGAUGUCGACUAUCGCAUUCAUUUGCGUCUUGAGUUGAGUAGGCUUCAUCUUGGCGAAAAGCUUGCAGAACUCGAAAAAUCCAGUGAUCCGAACAUAACCAAUCACGUGAGCAUUUACCGCCGCUUCGCUGAUGCUGACAAUGAUGAGCUCUUUGAACGUUUUGAGGUGGCGAAGACGGAUCUGACUGAAUGCGAUCAAGUGUAUCAAUUGCUGAGCCGUUCACUGUUAAACACAUCCUCAGAGAGAUUGUUUCUAUCCCUCCUACAACACUUACUCUUUGUUAGAGAAGAGCCCUACCGAGAACACUAUUAUGCCCUCCUGAAUGAGUUAAUUAGUCAGGUUGUACUCCAGACCGACGGUGUUGAUUAUGAC